AUGAAACGAUAUACAGCGCUUCAAAGACAGGCUCUUCUUGCCUGGGGACGACGACACCAUGCAAUCAGGGUGCUGUCUGUGCCCACCACUAGUGACACUGCUGAAGAGAAUGGCAACAUCAGACUGAUACAGUCCUGCCAGAAACCAUCACCACAAGUCACUUGGGUCGAGAGUAGACAAAAUGCCCUCCAUCACUAUCCUUUAUCUUCUCAAGCUUCCGUUCGUUGGUUCUCAUCCGACGGUAAGAAAGAGAAAGAGGCAGCAGCAGCAGAGCAACCCGACAAUAAGGAAGCACCUGCAGAAAGCAAAAAAGAGGAAGACGAUGAUGUUCCCGUGUGGCAGAAUCCGUUGCAUCACAACAAUCCAGAAGCAAUGAAACAAUUGCCAGAAGAUCAUGGUCCUGGGGAGGAAAUGAUACCCCAAGAAGCACCACCUCUGGAAGAUCCCAACAACCCAGACAAGGUUCUUGCGUCUCAAGAACUAUACGAUCUAUCAGAUGAAAUUGUGCACUUGUCCAUGUUGGAAAUGAAAGAACUAAUCGACAAAAUUGGGAAUCACUUUGGAUUUGAAAAACCACCAUUUACUGGAUCUUCGGGUGCCGAUGGAGAUGGCGUGGAAGAGGACGCCGAGGAUGACGUGGGGGAAGAAGAAGCCGCUGCAGCCAAGACAGCAUUUGAUCUCAAGCUUGUUAGCUUUGACCCAAAGUCCAAGAUUAAGGUCAUCAAAGAAGUCAGAGCAUUGGCAAACCUUGGAUUAAAGGAAGCCAAGGAAAUGGUGGAAGGUGCUCCAAAGACUGUCUUGAAGGAUAUCAGUAAGGAACAGGCAGAAGAAAUGGCCAAGAAACUGGAAGAAGUGGGUGGUACGGUCGAAGUCGUGUAG